CGGAAGUGCUAAGAGUGGACUAGACACUGCAGGAUGACCAUCCACAACUUGUACAUAUUCGACCGGAACGGCAUCUGUCUGCACUACAGCGAAUGGAACCGGCGGAAACAGGCCGGCAUCAACAAAGACGAGGAGUGUAAGCUCAUGUACGGCAUGCUCUUCUCCAUCCGAUCCUUUGUCAGCAAGAUGAGCCCGGUGGACAUGAAAGAUGGUUUCCUCUCUUUCCAAACCAGCAAGUACAAGCUGCAUUACUACGAGACACCCAGCGGCCUGAAGAUGGUCAUGAACACAGACCUGAGUGUGGGGAGCACACGGGAAAUCCUGCACCAGAUAUACAGUACGAUUUAUGUAGAAUAUGUGGUGAAGAAUUCCCUCUGUUCUCUCAAUGAGCCGAUUCAAAGUGAACUCUUUAAAACCAAACUGGACACUUUCAUCCGCAGUCUCCCUUUCUUCUCUGCCCGGGCGGGAUAAACACAAUUGCACCAGCACAGCGCCCCCUACUGCCCAUUCUUCAACCAAUUCCAUGUUUUGUCUGCGUCUGACCAAUAAGCUGUGGCUGCAGAAGUUGCAUCGAUUGCAUGUAGCAAAUACCCACACCUUUGUUCCGUGGGUCUGUCUGUGCUCUCUGUAUAUCUGUCAGGCUUCCUGCAACCGGACACUAACAGGAGGGAUUUCUGAAUUCGGGUUAUUUUGUUCUCUUACUCCAGUUCCGGGGACAAAUACCGGGGACAAGUGAUUUCAUAUCAAUACGACACUGCAAAAUAUCUGACUGAAAUGCCCAAAGGGUGUUGUGAACAACCAAUCGGAUUCAUUUACAGAAUACUCUUCAGAUUUUCUUGUUGACUCCAUUCUGAUUGGCCAUUUUAAUGUUCUGAUUGGCUGCAGGCUUUCUUUUUUUUCCUGCUCUGCUCUUGGUACCAAGACCAUCAAGCCUCACUGAAUGUCUCCUGGUUUUGCUGUUUGUUUAUUACAAAUUGAAAUGCCCAAAUACCCGGGCCAUGUAGAAAAGACGGAAAUAAAGCAGAAAAAUGUUGGUGCUUUGUGUC